AUGUCCAAGGUCGUUCGCAGUGUCAAGAACGUUACAAAGGGAUAUUCCUCGGUGCAGGUAAAGGUCCGAAAUGCUACCAGCAAUGAUCCAUGGGGUCCGACGGGCACCGACAUGUCCGAGAUUGCGGCCAUGACUUUUGGGAGCCCGAACGAGUUCUAUGAGAUCAUGGACAUGAUUGACAAGCGCCUCAAUGACAAGGGCAAGAAUUGGCGCCAUGUGCUCAAAUCAUUGAAGGUGCUGGAUUACUGUCUGCACGAGGGAUCGGAGCUGGUGGUGACGUGGGCUCGGAAGAAUGUCUAUAUCAUCAAGACUUUGCGCGAAUUUCAAUAUGUCGACGAGGAAGGAAGGGAUGUCGGCCAAAAUGUUCGUGUGGCCGCAAAGGAACUCACCGCGCUGGUGUUGGACGAGGAUCGACUGCGCAGCGAACGAUCCGAUCGCAAGCUUUGGAAGACUCGUGUGAGCGGGCUCGACGAUGGCUAUGGAGGCGGAAGCGAGCCGUCUCGUCGGGAGCGCCGACGACCCCGUCGUGACGACGAGGACGAUACCGAAUACCGACUAGCGAUCGAAGCUAGCAAAGCUGAAGCUGAAGAGGAGCGUAAGCGACGGGCGAAGGAGUCCAUGAAAAUGGAGGAGGAUGAAGACCUGGCCAAGGCGAUUAAGCUUAGCCGGGAAGAAGAGGAUCUGCGGAAGCGUGAGCUGGAGGAAAGCAACGCGCACUCGCUCUUCGAUGAAACCCCAGCCCAGGUUCAGCCCACCGGGUUCAACCAGGGCUACCAGCAGCAGGGUGCGGUGGAUUGGUUCGGAAACCCGAUCAAUGUGCAGCAGCCCAUGACAACGGGCUUCUUGAACAACCAGUAUGCGCAACCGACUGGGUUCCAGGGUCAGCCGACGGGUAUGGCCAACCCUUACACCAAUGGCUACCAGCAACAGCCCUCUGCUUUCGACCAGAACCCCUACGGGCAACCCCAGAACAACUUCUUGCAGCCGCAGGCUACCCUCCAACCCCAGCACACCGCAUAUCACGCCAACAAUCCCUAUGGACCUCCCGAUGUCUUUGGACAGCAACCUCCACAGCAGCAGCAACAACCGCAGGAGAACUAUCAGUCCGCUGGAAGCAACAACCCCUGGACUGGAAACCAGCCUGCUGAUGCAUUAAAGCCCAUGCCGACUGGCUCGAACAACCCAUUCGCUCAACGCACCCAGUCCCAGUUUACCAACCAGGGCCCGCCUAAGCCAGGGCCACCAUCCCUCAACACCCUGGCCGAAGACCGUACCACAAAUCAGUUCAACCAUAACAACCAGUAUAACACCAACCAAUUCAGCCAGCAGCCCAGUCAGCAGAACCCCAUCGCCGCCUUCCAAGCCCCACAGCCGUCAAAGAGCACCCCGCCCCAGCCCGCAAACCCUCACCACGCACGCCUCAAUGCCCUCCUUUCAUCGGGCGAGGGCCAGGAUACCUUUGGUAACGUCGGCGAUCUUCGUAUCCCUGCGCAGCACACGGCUCCGGGCACGUUCGUUAACUCUGCCGGCCAGGGUUUGGAUCGUCUGCACGCCGCGCAGACCGGCAACAAUCCAUUCUUCGGUCAGCAGUAUACCGGCGUGCCCCAGCAGACCGGGUAUUUGCAGCAGCCUGCCAGCAACCCAUGGGGCGCCCAGCAACGACCGCAGCAGCAUGGCGGUAGCCUGAUUGAUCUGUAG